UUGAAGGACAUUCGAUGUGGUCCACAGAGAAGCUUUGUGUGAGUCGAGUGGUGCAGGAAAAAAAAGGAAAAAAAAAGAAAAGAAAGAGGGAAAAGGGGGCGCAGCAUCCAAGCUGCCUGGCUGGCACGCACGCAGAGCAGUAAACCAGCGUUUAACUAGCGUGCGCUAAAUGGGUAAUAAUGGACCCAUUGGGUGGAAUGAAUUCAGCAAGCGUGCCUGAGGUGCAGUGAAGCGAGCAGACCAAUUUAAUUUUAUCCUCUCCUGUGGUCAAGAGGUUUCAGAUGUCUGUUUUCAGAUGUCUGUCGAAGACGUAAGGCUCCAUGUUGGAGUGCUGCACAGAUGAUUUGAACACAGUUUGUGGCCCUGCAGUUGCUCCUGGUCGCUGUAGGCGGGCCGUUGGACAGAAUUUGACUGAUUAAAAGAGUGUUUCGCCAUCCUAAAACGGAAGAGCACACAGCAUGACUGUGGCCAAUGAAAAGUCAGGCUCAGCCAUGCAGCAGGUUCUGGACAACCUGAAAGAGCUUCCCACAAGCUCGGUUGCCAAAGACAUCGACCUCAUCUUCCUCCGUGGCAUCAUGGAGAGCCGCAUUGUCCGCUCCCUCGCUAAGGCCCACGAGCGUCUCGAGGAGGUCAAGUUAGAAGCGGUGCGUGAUGACAACGUUCAGCUGAUCUCCGAGAUCCUGGACGCUCUCAACAAGCUCCCCGAAAAAGACGCCGCCACUGCCGAACUCACCCAAAUCCUUCGGGAGCCUCAUUUUAAGUCUUUGAUCGAGGCUCAUGACCAGGUGGCUGCGAAGUGCUACGAGGUGCCCCACGCCGAGGUGAACUGCACUGCAACCUUGGCGAGUUGUCUCAUGCCCGCCGACGCCAUCAGGAUGAUCGGCAUCCAGAAGAAAGCCGGAGAACCGCUGGGGGUGACCUUCCGCAUGGAGCAAGGGGAGAUGGUGAUCGCGCGGAUCCUGCACGACAGCUCCAUCGACCGCCAGGGCAUGCUGCACAUCGGCGACGUCAUCCGCGAGGUGAACGGCUGCCAGGUGGGCGGCGACCCUCAGCAGCUGCAGGAGCUCCUGAGGGACUGCAGUGGCAGCGUCACUCUCAAGGUGUUGCCAAGCUACAAAGACUCGCCGGCCCUCCAACAGGUCUAUCUGAAGGCACAUUUCAACUAUAACCCGGCCUCAGACAACCUGAUUCCCUGUAAAGAGGCGGGCCUUGCCUUCUCCAAGGGAGACAUCCUGCACAUUGUGAAUAAGGAGGACCCCAACUGGUGGCAGGCACGCAGUGUUGUGGGCGGAACAACCGGCCUCAUCCCCAGUCAGUUCUUAGAGGAGAAGAGGAAAGCGUUUGUGAGAAAAGACUGGGAUCUGUCGGGUAAAGGGAUGCUCUGUGGAAAUCUCACAGCGAAAAAGAAGAAGAAGAAAAUGAUGUAUCUCACUGCAAAGAACGCAGAGUUUGAUCGCUACGAGCUGCAGAUCUACGAGGAGGUGGCCAAGAUGCCUCCCUUCCAGAGGAAAACAUUGGUUCUGAUUGGUGCCCAGGGUGUGGGGAGGCGGAGCUUAAAGAACAGACUCAUCGUCAUCAAUCCUCUGCGAUAUGGAACCACUGUGCCAUUCACGUCACGCAGCCCCCGAGAAGAAGAGCGAGACGGACAGAACUACUGUUUUGUGACGCGAAGUCAGAUGGAGCAGGACAUCAAAGACAGCCGCUUCCUGGAGCACGGCGAGUACGACGGCAACCUCUACGGCACCAAGAUCGACUCCAUCCACCAGGUGGUGGGGGCCGGCCGCACCUGCAUCCUGGACGUCAACCCCCAGGCUUUGAAAGUGCUGAAGACUGCUGAGUUUAUGCCCUUUGUGGUCUUCAUCGCUGCUCCUGAGCUGGACACCUUGAGAGAUAUGCACAAGGCUGUCGUGGAUGCCGGACUUACAACCAAACUACUUACUGAAAACGAUUUAAAGAAGACGGUGGAGGAGAGCGCCAGGAUCCGCCGCGCCUACAGCCACUUCUUCGACCUAACCAUUUACAACGACAACUUGGACAAGGCCUUCGACCAGCUGCAGGAGGCGGUCGAGAGACUAUUGGUGGAGCCACAGUGGGUCCCGGUCAGCUGGGUCUACUGAUGGUAAAUCCCCCAUCCCCAUCCCCAUCCCCAUCUGACUGGACACUGAGCUGUCCCGAGCUGCUAUGUCUGCCAUGUGAACGAGGACACUGCACUGCACACUAUGCAAGUCACAGCACACAGGAAGUGUACUUAUUUAUUGGCAAACUCUUUUAAUAUACUCAUCGAAUGGAUUGGGAGUAAUUUUACAUGUUUUUAAUGACAAAAAAAAAAAAGCAACGUUGCCAUGUCCUGUUAUUUAAUGUUACACUUAUGUAAGUUGUCUAUUUAUUCUGCUAAGGUAAUGGAGGGCUUGCUUAUUAAUGAUACCUCACCUCAGUGUUUGUGUUUACACUCUUGUCAUCUCAUUUGCCACUAUUUGUACUGUUGUUCUCCUAGUAGUCAGCACCCCUCAUCCAGGCUGCUUUUUUUGGCCUCCGUUUCUAGUUAAGUGGAAAUUCAGUUCAAUUGAAGGCUCUGUCAUGGGAAGAGAAGCCAAUGUGUACGUCAGCCAUUUCUCUUAGUUUGCCCAGCACAAGUCGCUUGCGAACUGCGAACCUUGACGUUUCUCUCACUCCAUGUGGUGCUGCAUUUUACUUAACAAAAAAAAUAGACCUUUGAAUUAAACAGGGUGCUGUGUAUCAAUAAACCGUCCCUUUUGAUGUGAUCCCACUUAAACUGUAAAAAAAAAAAAAAAAAAAGACUUUUAAAAAGUGUAUUUUACUUAUUUCAGAUAUGUAUUUUCAGAUGUUUAAAUAAAUGUUUUUUUAAUUAAUGAA